AUGGAUUGGGAUAACAAAGAUGAUGAAUUUACAUAUCCAACAAAAUUACAUUGGGACCCAAAAUUAACUGAGCUUGGAUGCAAUCAGGCUCGAGAGCUUUGUCAAUAUUUUGUGACAAAUAAUAUAAAGAUUGAUCGCAUCUAUUCUAAAAAUGGCUUAAGUGAAUGGUGUAGUCCUAGGAUAAAUAAACUUAAUGCUGGCUGCGCUCCCCUUCCUCUUUUACGUGAAUUUUUUCCACGUAUCAAUCCUACAUAUAUUCCUAUAUCAAAGCUACCUGAUAUCAAUGAAACAUCAGAAGAACUUCAUGAGAGAUUAAGCAGAACUAUACAAGGUUUUACUGAAGUUAAAGAGGAUAUUAGAAGCAUUUUAAUCAUUUCACACGCAACAUCGACAGUCGCUGGAGUAAGAGCUUUAAUUAAACAAAGAUAUGCAAUGAUAAAUUGUGCUACGUGUUCUUUGACAAAAUGCAUAAGAAAUGGAGGAAACUGGGUAAUUGAACUAAGUGGUGAUACUUCCUUCUUAUCGCACGGAUCAAUAAGGAAUUGGGUUUUUAAGAAAGAAUGGGAAGAUAAUUAUGAUGUGAAAAAAGAGAUUCAUAAGGAGAAUGGCCUUAUUAAUUAG